UUUAUCUCAGUUUUACUUUAUUUAACGAGUUGUGUAGUGACAAGUGAACAUAACAGAUUAUUAUUCCUGGUAUAAGUGUUGAAAUAUCGGAAAGCUGAAUUUCUAUUGCUUUUGCUUCUGAUCACUAUUACAAUAACGAGAAGGAAAGUUAAAUAACUAGUAAUGGCCACGAGUUCUUCCCAAGCACUUGCUCUUCAGAGAAACUCCAGUGAGCAGAACCAUUUCAUAGAGAAAUUAAUGACGAAAAUAUUUAACUUCUACGACGAGCAGUCUCUGAUCGAUGUGACAUUUAAAGUUUCAAACCCAACGGCUCUUGUACCCGCGCAUCGUUUGAUACUCGCAGCAGCGAGUCCUUACUUCGCGAACCUUUUCAAUGGUAAUCAAGGCACUAAUCCAGUCAUCGAGAUAAAUGAUAUCGAUAGCGAUAUUUUUGAGCAUCUAAUAAUCUUUUGUUACACCGGACAGGCCCUCAUUACCGUUAACAAUCUCGCUGCCAUGCUAAAUGCGGCUAUCGUUUUACAAUUGAACGAUGCCAAAAACCAUAUUGUGGACUAUCUCAUGGCACAUAUCGAUGAAUACACUUUGCAGGGCGCUUAUACGCUGGAGCGUGAAAUGAAAUGUGAACUUCUUACGCAGAAAAUAAUCGAAUACGAGACACAGCAUUUCAUGGUGGUCAGCCGAAGCGAUGAGUUUUUGAAUUUUGAUGUAGAAAAACUGCAACGUAUCCUGGUAUCUGACAAUUUGAAUAUAACCCGUGAGGAAGAUGCCUUCGAUGCCAUACAACGCUGGUACAAUUACGAUGUUCCUGCGCGUCAAGAGCAACUGCCACUUUUAAUAGCUUGUCUCCGGCUUAACCAAUUCAAUGUGAAUUUUCUGAUGACAUAUAUACAGCCGUUACCUGGAUGUGAGCUACUGGCCUUCAAGGCGUUAUCGUGGAUCAGAGAACCUACAACACGGCCAAUGAUAAAUAUGCGAUUUACAGAACCACGUGGGGUCAGUGCUACAAAUUGUGGUGAGAAAACAAUCCUAGCGCUUUGCUCAGAUCCCUCAGAGUGGAAUCCCAAGCUGCUGCGAUAUUACAAAACUGAGGAUAAGUGGGAGGAAUAUGCGAAUAUAAAAAUCGAUUACGAAGAGUAUAGAACUAUUUUAAAGAAUGAUAAUUUGUUAUUUAUUGGCGGUGAUAAAAAUGGUGUCACAUUUAACAUCGUCCGAAGCUGGAAUAUGCGAAAUAAGACAUGGCAAAAUUUACCCGCCAUGAACCAAGCAAGAAUGGCACACUGCGUUGUCGAAUUAGAUGAUAAAAUCUACGCGAUUGGUGGUUAUGAUGGUGAAAAGGUUUUUUCGUCGGUGGAAAGGUAUACGACAUCCGGUGGUUGGAAUUCCGUGAACGGAUUGAUUGUUGGACGAUAUGACGCAGGUGCAGUGACCUUGAAUGGUAAAAUUUACAUAAUGGGCGGUUUAAAUGGCAAAGGGCGAAUAAAAUCCGUCGAAUGCUACAAUCCGGAUUCGAACGCUUGGACUUCUUGCGCGGAUAUGACAGAAUAUCACUUUUCUGGUGUUGCUGCACAUAAAGGUCACAUUUAUGUUUUGGGCCGUGGGAAUGAGUACAGACCUGUUGGACGUUACGAUCCUCAGCAAGACAAAUGGUCACAGAUUUGCUCUCUGGAAGUUGGCGGCAGUUAUACAAGUAUAGCUGGCAUAUCACUAGACAAUAAGCUUUGGGCUAUUGGUGGCUGGUCUAAAUCUGCUGACAAGUUAUCUGUAUCAGUCUUUGAUGAAGAGAAUUUCUGUUGGGUAGAAAGGUGCUCAUUACCCGAAAGUAUAGUGCGUAAUUGUUUUGUUGUGCCUGAAUCCUUGCUGUCGUCGAUGUGAAUAAAAAUAAUGUAA